UUUCUGAAGUCCACCACCUCAUCCACACUGCUUCCAGCCUGGAGAGAAGGUGUGGACAAGAGACACUGAGCUGAGGCACUGGGACCCUGCUGGAAGCCACCACACCUCGUCAUCCUGAUCACCUCCACUGCGUCCAGCAUCCCACACCUGGCCACAUCACUCUCAGGUCAAGUGUGCCACUGGGAACAACAGGCUAGCUAAAGAAAAGUAGAUUGUCAUCAAGACCUGCGAAGAUCCACUGAAGAUAAGAGUGACAUGGGGUUUAAUUUAGUGCUGUUGUUUUGUCUGGCUAUAUUCCCUUCUGUUCUUUCCGGGAACCCAAAUGGGAAACGCCCAGCUCCCCGGUCUCCUAUACAAACCAAACCAGCCCCUAAGGCAUGGAAGUUCCAUGUAAUUGCCCUGGAAAAUCACAACAAGACCAUAGGCUCUACCUUCUGUCCGAUCACAGGAUGUGCAAGUGCUAUAAGCCUCACUUUUGAUAUAAGGGACACCUGCCAAGGGAAAUGUAUAAAUGACUUCUACAAUGCUAUGUCCUCUCCUAUAUACGUCUGUUUUAUGUAUGAGCAAACUCGGCCCGACUGUAAGGACCCAAAUUAUGGAGGAUGUCCACACUGGAACUGCAAAUAUCAUAGUACUUGGACCAGAUGGGGAGGAGAAAACCCAUCCAAACUCACCUCAGUUGAUUGGCAUACUAAGGUCAACUACUUAAUCCCUGACCCUUGGGAUAUUAGAUGGAAAAAAGGGGUCGUGGGUUUUGUCUAUAGACAUAAUGAGAAGGAUGCAGCCUUUGAUGGGAAGACUAAGAUAUUCAUCUAUAGAGCUUUAGCUGAGUUCACACCUUAG